UUAUUUAUUUAACCCAGAUAAGAAAACUUUUUUUUCUUUUUGAUAAAACCCAGAUAAGAAACCUUAGAAACACUUGGAUUCAACCAUUUUCUCUGAGUCCUUGCUUCAGCGAUCCAAUCCAUCGGAGAAGAAUUUGCAACUCCACGGCGACAGCGAGAAUGUCUGAUUCUCACGAAGAAAGCUUGAUGACUCUAGAAAAUAUGAAGAAAAGAAAGCAAAAUGAUGACAUGCUGAGUGACUUACCCGACUGUGUUCUCCUUCACAUUCUGUCAUUUUUGAACACCAAACACGUCGUUCAAACUUGUGUUUUGUCUAAGAGAUGGAAACAUCUCUGGAAACGUAUUCCUAUCCUUAUAUUACAUUCUUCAACAUUUUCUACUGUUAAGCGUUUUACCAAAUUCGUGUCUAAGAUUUUGACUCUUCGUGAUACUUCAACUGCACUGCACAUUCUCGAUCUUAAACGUGGUGGUGAUAUUGAGCCUCAACUCCUUAAAAAGAUUUUAAACUAUGUUUCCUCCCAUAAUACCCAACUCCAGGAAUUAGGAAUCUCUGUGUGUGGCGAUAAAAGUCUCAUCAAGAGCUGUGUUUCUUCAUGUCAUGCUCUUACAUCUCUUAAGCUUUCAGUUUACCCUAGAGGUAGUAGUGGUACACCAAAUUAUACACCAACAUUAUUUCCAAUAUCUUUUGAUUUGCCUUUAUUGACCAGCUUAGAUCUAGAAAAUUUUGCCUUUUGGGGCGGUGAAAGCGGUUAUGUUGAGCCCUUUUCUGUCUUUACCAAGUUGAAUAGUUUGGUUAUUUCUAAUUGUAAGGUAAUUGAUUCUCCAGUCAUCAACAUAUCAAGUGAGACACUUGUCAAUUUAGCUGUAACAUGUCCUUUGGAAAAAAUAAAUGUAGAUAUACAAAAUAAUUCAUCCAACUUUGCCGAAAUCAAGCUAUCUACUCCAAAUCUUUGUACCUUUACUUUUAAAGGUGAACUUUUUCAAAAAAUAUGUGGGGACGGACUUUCUUCUGUUAAACAAGUAAAUAUCGAUGAUUCACGACAAUUUUAUGCUUCGGUAAUGCAUGGUUUGGUUCUAUUCAGCUGGCUGCGUGACUUUACCGAUGUAGAAUCAUUGACAGUCACUUCAACUUCUCUUCAGAUUCUCUCCUUAGUUCCUGAUUUAUUGGAGGCUAAGCUCCAUUCUUUAUGUAACUUGAAGUCAUUGGAAGUAGAAUUGAUACCACUUUAUGAUGGAUCUUUAUCCCGAUCAAUCAAAGAUGCCAUGUUAAAGAAAGCUGCAGCCAAGGUUCAUAAAGAAGUUGCGAAGUUAAGCAAGGCAUUUAUAGCACGUUUGAAACCACCUGCCAUUCCCGAUGGAAUAGUUGAUUUCUUACGACAAAACUCGCCGUCAGCAGAAAUUAACAUCUCAACAGAUUUCCCGCAUGUUUUAAAUCUUAAGCAGGUUGCAGAAUCUAUAAAGGGAGCAAAGAUUGUCAAGUAUCGGCCGCGAUACGCUGCACCUGGCUCCUCCUCUACUGCACCUGCUUCUGCCGCUGCUCCUGCUUCUGUUGCUGCUCCUGCUUCUGUUGCUGUGCCUGCCUUUGCUGCACCUCCCAACCUUCAUCUCUAUUGCGGUGAAAAGGAUGGUAAAUCAUCAAAUGAAGACAAGGUAGAGAAGCAUUAACCUAACUCCAACUCUCUAGAUAAUGGGCAGUGAAGAGUUCUCAUAUUGCCUUACAAUACAAUGCCUUUUGUUUGAACCUUUUCUUUGGAUAUCAGGUAAGUGACUGGAAAAAAUUGUAAUUUGGCUAGCUUUUCUGAAAUAUGUUUGAUUUGACGCAUUUUGUAUAUCACAUGAACUCUUCAUUUGAGGUCCAUGAAUUUCCUCUAGCUGGUAUUCUCCCAACUGUAAAGCCAAUUUGUAAUGUGCGGUUAUCUUUUGUUUUUGGGAACCUUCAUGAAUCAUUUUAUUGCUAGUGGACCUCGUUUAUCGAUGACUUUUGAUUUAGUGCUAUAAAUUUGUUUUUUGGUCAUGAUAGUUCAAAGUUUUCUUUAAUAUAGCUUGUACUGAAGAGUACAUUGUGUAUAUUCUAAUUUUGUUGAUACGACUUUGUUUCUAGUGAAUUAAGGAGUCCAAAUUGCAUUAGUGUUGAACAACCACUUUUGACAUGAUUGAGUAUUAUAAAUACCUUAAAGGUUCCUAUCUAAUGAUUAAGAUUAAGAGAAUAUAGGAAAUGAUAUUUCUGAAUUUAUCUGAUUUGAUACAAGUGUCCUAAGGCACAUGUUAAGGAAGGAAAGAUAGAAAUUUUAUCUUAAAAUUUGUGUUAAAAAUGACAAUUCCAAACCUCUUAAAUAAUGAAUACAGAAUUUCAAAAAUAAAAUUUCUAUUUUUGAUUCUUUAACUUGUGUCCUUAGGACACUUAUUAGCAAUUUCUUAAAAUGUUAUGAAAUGAGUGACAUGUACAUGCAUGACUUGGCUACCCAAAUGAAUGAGCUUCAUGGUAAAUACUCUAACUCACUCCCAAACAUGUUAUGGCUGACCUGCACCAGAGGGUACAACAUCUAAAGGAAUUGGUACUGCAGACAAAUAAGUAUAUUCAUCUAGCAAAGGAGGAGAUAAUUCAGAAGAGGGAGGAGAUGUUGGCCCUCAAAGAGCAUAUGAAGAUGUUAAAAAAGACCCUUGAUACCCUAGAGCGACAGAUGCACGAAGAGAUCAUUAAGCUGCAGCUAUAGUGUCAAGACAGUUAUAAGUUAUUAUGACAAUUAUAAGUUAUAACCAGGACAAACAUGACUUGAUCCCCUCCCAUAAGUUAUAAUUUUUAUGUGCACACGUAUUUUUUGAGGUUCACACACAUUUUGAGAUGUAAUAUAUUUGGAUUGUUUUAAUCAUAUUAUAUUUAUCA